AUGACCUUAUAUCACGCUGGAGAAGAGCUCACUCAACUCAACGAUAAUCAUGGCGAAAGGAUGAAACCCCUUCGAAACUCCGGCCAAGAUAAGGGCCGUCCAUCUCUCGUGGAAAAUGUACCACCCGAAGUUCUCCUGGAGCUGUUCUCUAUCCUCCUCGAUGACGACUCAAGAAAUAUGAUCUUCCCGUCACAUGUGUGUCGCCUCUGGCGUGAUUUAAUUACGCAAUCGUCCGCACUGUGGUCCUGCAUAACCCUCGGCGACGCCGACGAGAGCGAAGAAAAUGUGUUCGCCUUUCUCAAGACUUGCCUUCAACGAGCUGGCGCACACCCCCUUUCGCUUUCGAUCCAUCCCGAUAAUGAUAUGAUGAAGCCGAGCGCCCUGCUCAAAGCCGUUCUUCAAGCAGCGGGAAAAUCCGAAUGGAGCUCGAUAAGCUACGACUCGCACAAUAUCAACGACUUUGUCCAUUUCUUCGAUGGCAGCUUCGACCUCAGACAAGUCACUCGUCUGUCUUUGGCAUGCAAUGCGUCGGGCCAGGGGAUUCUCGACUUGAAUUUACCAGGCGGAGUAGUUGAUAUGCGGCCUUUCACCCACCUUCGGUCGUUGAACCUCGAGUUUCUGGAGAGAUUUGAUAUCACCAGAGUGCUAGUCCCGUGGGACCAGCUAACACACCUAAACCUUACGGUUUUCAUCGACUCCCGCCUCUGCGUUUCCAUCCUCCGCCGUUGCAUCAACCUAGAAUCCUGCGAGCUGUACCCAACCACCCAUGAAGAUCUACACAUCCUUCACGACGUGGGUUACGAACGCAAAUUGGUCCGGCUUCCUCAACUGAAACACCUCCAUCUUACGUGCUACGAUGUUCCCUCAUUACUGCCAGAUAACCUCCGGUGUCCGGUCCUCGAGGAGGCAAGUUUCGAUUACGUCACCAAGGGUGUUGAUGGCCACUGCGAUUUUUUGGAGUCCUUCAUUAUAAAAUGCCGCAACACGUUGCUGAAGCUGGGGCUUCCUGGACUCAUGACCGACGAUUUCAGCAAAAUUCAAGGCCGCUUGACGGUUCUGGAAGAACUCACGAUCACUGGCCCGUUCGGUUCGCCACCCUCCAUUCUGGGCUACGAUGUUACAACGCCUGGACCCAACUCGAGAUACGAUAGAGGCGUGCGCACCUUUUUCAAGAACCUCAGAGAACGUCCCGAAAGUCUUCCGAAGCUGACGACCCUUUGCAUGCUUGAACAGCGCCCAGAAGAGAGGCUUUCCGUGGAGCGCGAGGUUGCCAAGUUCAUCAAAUGCCGUCUGUUCGAAUUCAAGGAUGCACCGCUUAAGGUCAUUUUCAGAUUGAAAGAGGGUGAUAAGGAAGAGCAGAACCAAAGACAGGAAAAUUUUAGGGAAUGGCAGGCUCUUGGCAUUACAAUAGAUUUCGACUUGUGA